UCGAAAAGGUUCGAAUUGUAAGAUCGGUUGAUUGUCAUCAGCAUCACUGUGCUGUGCUGAGUUUGUUUGUUUGUGUAAUGAUGAUGAUGAUGAUCAGGAAUAACAUAUCAUAUCGUCAUUAAGUGAAUCCUUGCAUUUGAAUCUUCUCUGACCUGAUCUUAUAUCAACAAUUUUUUUGUUUAACAAUUUAACUGGUGAAACAUCGAACUGAGAAAAAGCGGACAUUGGGCAAACAACAAGCUAGAUAAUAUAAUGGCACAUCAUAAUCGUGGCACAUCCGUUAUAUCCACCACAAUGUGCACCCUGAUGGCCGUGUUGAUGGUGGUGUUAUGCUGCUGUUGUGGCACUACAUUAGCCGAUAGAAAAUGUUCAUCUUCUUCGUCUUCGAAUAACCAUAAUUACCACAAUCAUAAUCAUAAUCAUCAUGAGCCACGAUCAUUGAGUGCAUCUUCGAUGAUUCCAUUUCAUCAUUCUCAUCAUUCUAGCAUACCGUUGUCGAACCAGAAAAAGCAUCAACAUUCCAAUGAUGACCUAAUUGAAUCGGCAAGUGAUUUGAACAGUAUUGUCGCUGCUGCCAUCGCUGCAGCCGUUGAUUCGGCGGUUGUCACAUCGAAUCCACCAUCGAUGAUGAUGAACAACAAACAGAAACGAUCUCAGAAUCCAUCCAUUACCACAAUGAAUACGACCAUCACCACACCAUCAUCGUCAUUGAUAUCUUCGACGAUAACUCCGCCUAUGCUUGAUAAUUCCUUGUCCAGUCAAUCGAUCAAUCAACAUGGACAAAAUUUCGCCCCUCACGAUAACCUAUUGAUGGAUAACAAUAGUAACUUUAUGGAUAAUGGUGGUGAUUAUGCAUUACCAUUCUAUUCCAAUUAUUAUCUUCCACCAUCCGCAGCUACUGGUUCGUUGUAUCCGGUUGACUUAGGCAAUCUGUUGUCGUCUCCAAAUUAUCAAUCAAACCCGAUGAUGAUCAACAUGAAAAACGGUAUGACCAACAUCAACAACAACAACAAUAAGAACAAAACAAUCGGAUUGGGACGUCGAAUUGGCGAAUUGGUUUCGACCAGUGCCGAAAAAGCGACUCGAGCAUUCAAAUCUUUUCCCAAACUAUUGAACGAUAUUAAGCCAUCCAAAUUGUUGGGACUAUCAUCAUCGCCCGGUGAUUCGAUUGAUUUCAGCACACCCAAACAUAAUAUAUCGUCGAUACCAUUGCCAAGUUCGUGGUAUUUGCCUCAGAAUACUUGGUCAUCGUUUGCACCACCACCAUUGAGCUCAAGUCUAUUUCUACAGCAACCGGUAUUUAUUCGAACGCAAGAUAUGGGUGGAUCAUCAUCGCCAAUGCAAACCACCAAUCAGAUUCUGUCGCCUUCGGCAUCCACAUUGAAAUCGGAUUAUCAUUCCAAUCGAAUGGCUAGUUCACCAAGCGGACAGCAAAAUGUCUAUCCCAAUGACCUUUAUACAUCGGCACAAACAUCAUACGGUAAUCGAGUGAAACCACCAUCACAACGUGAUCAAUAUGCUGAUUUUGAUAAUUCUGGUGAGGAUCAUGAUGGCAUCAAUGUUGAUCCGGAUCAGGAUACCAAAAUGGCCAACGAUGGAUCAAUCUUGGAUAGUGACAAUAAUAAUAGUGGUCAGCACAACGAUCAUAUCAUGGCUAAUGAUAUGGCUGCCAAUAAUGGAUGGCAACAUUCCGGCUCCAAUUCCCAACCCUAUGAAGAUUAUGGUGAACAAUCGACAAACAAUGAUUUCUAUCCAAAUCAUCACCAUCACCAUAUCAAUCACAAUAGUCACAAUCAUAAUCGUAACAAUAACAACAAUGUGUUUGCAGCCAGCAACAUGCGUCGACCUCCUUUUCCUACCAAUUUUCGAUCUGCUCCGACAUCUUCAUUCAUCCGAAAUCGACCAUUAUCCAUGUCGGAUGCUGAUAUGGAUAAUUGGUAUCCGGCUUUUUUUGGGCCCAAUGUCAAACCAAUGACUCGUCUGCGAAACUUUCCAAACCAUUAUUCGGCAGCCAAUUCCUUGUUGAAUCCCACUACCGCUAAUGAAUAUAUGCCGUUUAUGCGUGCGACCGAGACACCGGCAACAUUGGCCGCUCAUUCGCACUUUUAUCCCAUUUCAACAUCGCCCUUGAUGAACGCUGGUACAGCAGUACGUCCAACAUCGUGGCCAGCAUUAGGUUAUUAUCCGGGAUUGAAUCCUCUAUACAAUUAUCCGCAUCGAGCCAAUUCCAUGAUGGCAACUGCCGGCAGUAUGAUACGGCCAAUGACAAUACCAUUCUUUCCUCCAAUCAACCAAUUCUACAUGCAGCGGUAUCGAUCAUUGCCAUACAUGGCACCUUACACCAGUGGUGGCUAUCAUCCAACCACCGCAGCCACCAUGCCCUAUCGUUCAUAUGGUCAUCAAUCACCAUUCAAUUCGUUGGUCACUGCAGCCAGUUCGCUGUACCCGGUACGAAUUCCAUUUUCGGCCAUAUCAACACCAUUAUCAUAUCAUGGUCCACUGAUGGCCACACCGUUUCAGACACAGAUUCCCGUGCUAAAACAUCGAAUCGGGCCAUUAAUGAUGCGACCAUCAUCGAAACCAUCGAUGGCCAUCACCACCAAACGACAGGAUAAUUCAACAAACAAAUACAGUGAAUAUGCCGUCAAACUGAAUUCGACCGAAGUGGUGAAAACGAAUGAUUUGCUAGCACUGAAUGAUGAGCAUGACACAGUGUCAAACAAUAAUCAAACACAUCGAAUGAUGCGAUCAUAUCGACAUUAUCAUGCCUUCCAUGACGUACGUGACAAACCAUCCGAUAAUGCCUACUCACAACAACCACAACCAAAACAAUCGUCAUCCCCAAACAUGCAAACCAACAAUGAAUGGAGACCGGUAUUUGUUGACAACACUCAUCAUUGAUUAGUAUCGUCUAUAGCUUUCCAAUUGCUUCCCUACACACCACAUAGAAUAUAUUUAUUUAGUUAAUGUAAGAUAUUUUUUUCACUUUCUUUCGCAAAAUCAUCCCAUUUGAUGAAAACAAACGAAUGAUUAAUA